AUGGACCCUGGAGGUAGUAGUGCCUACACUAGCAGUGACGAUGGAGUAGGGCCGUCUGGCAUGGGAGGCGAGGACUUAGAUGCUAUAAUAUGCAACGUAGCUCAGCAAGUCAUGGAUGAGAUAGCACGAGGCUCCAGGGAGCAGGGAGGUCCAUCUAUUACGCAGGAGUGCAUGAUAGAAAAGUUUACGAAGAUGAAUCCUCUAGCAUUUUCAGGAGCAGCUGAUCCUAUAGUUGCUGGGAACUGGAUGCAGGAGAUGGAGAAAGUACUGACGGUGUUCCACUGCACCAACGUAGCAGAGGGUGCCACUCAUUCCUUUGUAUCAGCAGGGUUUGUUAAAGUAGUUGGGGUAGAAGUACAGUUGUUAGAUGUUGAGUUAUCUGUGGCCAUGCGGACUAGAUCUAUUGUAAGAUGUAUAAAGUUGGCAGGAAAUCACGCCAAAAUAGAUUGCCAUCAGAAAGAAGUGAUUUUCAGAUCCCCAGGUGAGCAAAAAUACAUAUUUGUGGGUUCACGAGUGCAUGCCUCGCCACAGUUGGUGUCAUCUAUUCAGUCACUAGAGGCAGCUUUGAAAACGGUACCAAAUGAUCGAAAUGGGAAAAUGUCCAAGGAGUUUCUGCGUGUAGCACUAGAUGAGAUUGGGCCUUCGCCUGGUUUACCGCCACUGGAUGAGAUUGGACCUUGA